UUCGUUGUAUUACGGGAAAGAGGCGGAGCCAUCUAAUCCACCUGUCCGAUGGGUGUAAAGUUUCCACUAGGAAGCUCUGGACAUUAAAGCGGCUUCGCGGGGCAGGAUAAGAUACAUAAUAUCCAGCUGGCUCAGGGCGUGACAUUCUGUAUCUUUGUUUUAUUCGUUUGCUUCAGCCAGAGCGAUUCGAUCUGUUAUGGAUAUCUCAUGGCGUUCUGCGAUUUUAUAGUAUUGCCCUGGAAAUUUGGGGACUGGGUGUAGAUCGGUUUGGAUGCGCGUUCGCUAACAAAGAAAGGGGCGCAUCGGGAGCGCAGCGCGUUUAGUACGGGCGGGGUGGUGAUGCGCCGAGGCUACAGUAGCGAAGACGCUCAGCCGGCCGCAGAAUGGAGGAAGAUCACGUCCUGCCCGACUUCAGAGACAUCGAGAGCAAGUUAGGACGCAAAGUUCCCGAAAUCCUGAUCCAGUCGCUCAUGGAGGGUUUCCAGAAAACCAAAGACGAGAGGAAGCCGGCCGAUCCCGUCAAGCAGGCAAACUCCGGUGAUCUGCAGCGCCUGGAAAGCAAAAUGCUGCUUUUAAAGCAAGAAAUGGCGCACCUCCGUGCCAUCGAUGGCAAGCUGAUGCAGCAGCUACUCGCCAUCAACGAGGGCAUCGAGUCGAUCCGGUGGGCCGUGGAGGAGAAGGCAGUGUUGGCCAGCCACGACGGCAGUCAGUUCAGCCUGUGCAGCUUGUCGGAGAGCCCGGACGCGUCACCGCACGGCAGCUACAGCAGCCUGCUGGACACCAGCGACGGUCUGGACACCAUUUCUGUGGGCAGCUACCUGGACACCCUGGGGGAGGACACACCCGAGCACGCCUCACCCUCAGACCUGGAGUUCCUCUCCGACGGAGGCCCUGGGGAGAUGGGCUUGAAGGACCGUGCCCUUCGUAGGGAGCUCCGGGUUGAUGGCGAUGAAUACUACUGCUUCGGGUGAGGAGGCGGGAAAGAGGUACUCGUCUCGCCCGCGUACCGAAAAACGCACCAGCUCCGUGCUUUUGGACGCCUGCGGUGUCGGCCGACGUUAUCAGGAAACUGCUGCUGCUGCUUCUCAGGAUGGGGAAACGUCACACCAGGCUUCAGAAGGACUGGAAAACACAAGCCGCUGCCUCCGUAUCCCAGUCGAGGCACAAAGCCAAACAGCUACUCUACAGAAGAACAGCUACCCUACUCCAAAGAGCUGCUUUUUAUGCCAAAAACAAUCAUCCGGUUACAUGGGGAUUGGGGAAAUUAAAGGAUCUUACGGGUUUGAGUAAGAUAGGGUUUUACUCCAAAGACCGUUUAGGUACCUCGCAAGCUGAUUAAUUAUUUACAAAAGCGGGUUGAGUGAGGAAUUACGUGACAUUCACACUAACAAUCUCCAUUUUGUGGGGGGCAUUUUAGAGAAGCUUUGGAUCUCUGUGUUUUUGUUUUUUUUUUAAAACCGGGCUAUAUGUGUUAGCCCAAAGAAGAAGACGAUGACGAUGUAGCAUCUGUGCUAAAGUGCAAUUAACUUUACAGUAUGUCUACUAACUGGUACAAAACUGAUUAUUUUAAAACAAAUGUGUCUGCUGAUCAGACAGAUAGUAUUUUUCCAUUAAUAUUUUGUUAAUCCCGAUUGAGGAACCUCUCAAAGUGAAAUUUAAAACUUGAAGUUAGAAUAACCGCAGAAUCCAUGGUAAGAAGGGCCCAAGUGACCAUCUGAGCUGUUGGUGCUGUGUUGAGGUGAUGCCCCCUGGAGGGGAGAAGCUUGAAGGUAAACAGGAAACGGUACAUGGCAACCAAAGUCCGAAGUGCAUCCCAGCGCAAUGUUCCAUUCCGGUGAAAAACUAAACACAAAUUUGCCUUAAAUUAAAGGGCACUCUGGAAUUGAGUAAGUGAGCUUGGUGUGGCAGAGCGUGGAAACUGCGAUCCUAACUGCGUAGACUCGCCUGCUGCGCGGUUUACUCUUAAAUCCUCAAACAGCAACAAACUAACACUGCUUCGGCUUUAGCUAAUCAAACUUGUUCAGCCCUUGUCCAGAGUCAGACUUAACUCCUGGACUUUUUGUCCAGUGGGGAUAUUUGACCUUAGUUUCUUAUUUAAUGUACAGUUAAAGCUUUCCUUGUAAGACUACAAAUACACUUUAAUAGGAGUGCUAAAUCAGAGCAAUGUCUUUAGUAUGUGACUUGUGUGGUUGAUACAGAUGGUGAGUUUUCACAUUUCACAUUAUUUUUCUUUUAUUAACUGUCAGAGUGUUAAUGUGUUGAUUGUCAUUGUGCCUCCUGUGUAAUUGGUUGUUCUUAAUUUAUUGUUUGAAUUAUUUUUUAACUCAUUGGGGCAAUGAAAGAUUAGUCCCUUUUUAACCAAUAAAUAAUAUAUUCCGUUUUUUUUUUUUUUCUUUCUGGAAUGUUCUUUGAUUCUGUAACACUGAUCAGGAUGGGCAUGUGGAUUUUUGUUGCACUUCCAGUGACCGUUGCCAUACAUCCUGAAUCACACAUCCCAUAUGACCAGUCCUCUGUGACUACUUUCAUUCUCACUUCUGCUCAUUUAACACUGACGUGUCAUCCUGCCUUAUAAGGUCGUUCUCAAUUCAGUGCACCUACCCAGGUUUCAAAAUUAAAAUGCUUAAUUCUCACA